AUGAAUGAAGAAAGCGCUUCGUCUGAAUAUAAAGUGAUCACCCCGUCCGGAAACCAAUGUGUUUACACCAGCUGUUACUGUGAGGAGAAUGUGUGGAAAUUGUGUGAAUAUAUCAAGAAUCAGAGACAUUGUCCUUUGGAAGAGGUGUAUGCAGUAUUUAUAUCUAAUGAAAGAAAGAAGAUACCUAUUUGGAAACAAAAGUCCAGUCGAGGGGAUGAACCAGUAAUUUGGGAUUACCAUGUUAUUCUUCUACACGCAAGUAAACAAGGACCGAGCUUCAUUUACGAUUUAGACACCAUUCUUCCAUUUCCUUGUUCGCUUGACGUUUAUUCAAUGGAGGCCUUUCAGUCUGACAAGCAUUUGAAACCUGCUUACUGGAGGAAACUUCGAGUCAUACCCGGGGACACUUAUUUGAAGGAGUUUGCUUCUGAUCGGUCUCAUAUGAAGGACUCCGAUGGGAAUUGGCGUAUGCCACCUCCAGCAUAUCCAUGUUUAGAGACACCAGAAUCCAAAAUGAAUCUUGAUGACUUCAUCUGCAUGGAUCCCCGAGUGGGAUAUGGAGAGGUUUACAGCCUUUCAGACUUUGUUAAACACUUUGGAGUAAAGUAAUGCUUUUUUUCCAGCA